GUGCUGCCCCAAGGUGUCGUCUUGCAUCGUGCAUUUUCCCCUCAAGUCACGUUGCGCACGGAACUCGUUAUAUCCACCAAUAACCAGAAGCCAAGAGGAUAUAAAAGCGCAUCCACGCAACUUGCAAUCCAUUCCCAGAACCAGAGAAGACAGGCCGUUAGUAAUUUGCAGUAGCCUAUAUUUGCUAAAAUCAGGUCCGUGGAAAAUGCUGCGAGUCAGAUGUCUCAGAGGAGGUAGCAGAGGGGCUGAAGCAGCCCAUCUUAUUGGAGGCAUGAUUGGCCGCAACGUAUCCGGUUGGGUGCAGAGGGCUUUCCAGAGCACUUCCAGCUCAGCUGCCGUUGCUGCUGCUCAGCCCAGUAUUGCAGUGGAGGAACCUGUUACUGAUCUCGCACCUCAAGAGAGCCCGGUGUGCGCCUACAAUGAAUGGGACCCGUUGGAGGAAGUCAUUGUUGGACGCGCCGAGAAUGCACGAGUCCCUCCAUUCACUGUGGAGGUCAAGGCCAACACCUAUGAGAAGUGGUGGCCCUUCUACCAAAAAUAUGGGGGUCAUACUUUUCCCGAGGACCACUUGAAGAAAGCUGUUGCUGAAAUUGAGGAAAUGUGCAAUAUUCUCCGCCAUGAGGGUGUUACUGUGAAAAGGCCAGAACCCAUGGACUGGUCUUUUGAGUACACAACCCCAGAUUUUUCAUCUACUGGAAUGUAUGCUGCCAUGCCCAGAGAUAUUCUCGUCGUCAUUGGGAAUGAGAUUAUUGAGGCUCCCAUGGCAUGGAGGUCCCGGUUCUUUGAGUACAGAGCAUAUAGGCCUCUCAUCAAGGACUACUUCAGGAGAGGGGCAAAGUGGACUACAGCUCCAAAACCUACCAUGUCUGAUGAGCUGUAUGAUCAAGACUACCCUAUCCGUACUGUGGAGGACAGGCACAAGCUGGCUGCCCAGGGCAAGUUUGUGACCACGGAGCAUGAGCCCUGCUUCGAUGCUGCUGAUUUCAUAAGGGCUGGGACAGAUAUCUUUGUACAGAGGAGUCAGGUUACAAAUUACAUGGGUAUUGAAUGGAUGAGACGACACCUUGCUCCCACGUACAAGGUGCACAUCAUUUCCUUCAAGGACCCCAAUCCCAUGCACAUUGAUGCCACCUUCAACAUCAUUGGGCCUGGCCUGGUGCUCUCCAACCCGGAUCGCCCAUGUCGCCAGAUUGAGAUGUUUGAGAAGGCAGGCUGGACAGUGGUGAAACCCCCAACACCUCUGAUUCCAGAUGACCAUCCUUUGUGGAUGUCCUCAAAGUGGCUGUCCAUGAAUGUCCUGAUGCUGGAUGAGAAACGAGUGAUGGUUGAUGCCAAUGAGGCCAGCAUCCAUAAGAUGUUUGAGAGUCUUGGCAUUGAAACAGUCAAGGUGAACAUCCGUCAUGCCAAUUCCCUUGGAGGUGGCUUCCAUUGCUGGACAACUGAUGUUCGUCGCCGUGGUACCCUGCAGUCAUACUUCCAUUAGCCAUGCCAGAAAUCAGCAGUUCUUAUUGAGCUUUAAAUGUUAUCUUCAAAACAAUCAAUGACAAUUUUUUUGCUUAAACUAAAAGGCUAUGAACUAUGUUGAUUUAACAAAGUUGUGUGUGUUGAAGCUUUCGCAAGUAUUGACGUAACAUAAACAGCAACAAUAAGACAACAACAACAAUAGCAUUAUCAUCUCAAUAAUUACUGCAUUUCUGGCCAGCUAUGGUUUAACAUGUAUUGUAAGCGUGACUUCUGUCAUUAGCAAAUUGGGCAGGGUACAUUUUUGGUAUGACUAUCAGGACAAACUAAAAUGGGGGUUGUUUUCUACCUCCUUUGCAGAAUCCAGCAAAGAUAUUACUAAAUGUCUUAACCUUUUUUAAUUUUGUAUCUGUUUUAUAAAGUAUUAUUUAAUGUUGUCAUAGCAGGUCAUAACAAUUUUCACUGUAAUUUUAGGUAUUUGAAAAAGAAGACAACACUAAUGUAAAUAUUUUAUACUCUGUUAUUGGCAUAUAACCCCAAAAUGAUUUUUUAUACAUUUGCAUCAAAAACUGGUCCAUAUCAAAUAUACCUUUUGCCUCAUUGGUCAUCUGCAAAAACAAGUCUGAGCCAGGUAUGGUCAGUCUGACCAUGUGCUUUGCUGCAUUAGUGUGCAUAGGGAAUAGCUAGAUCUGCAUGUGCUUAUUAGGAAUAUUUCCUUUAAUGUAGUAGAUUUCCUCCUUGCAUCUGAGAUAAUGUUGUGAUUUCAUUCUACCAUUCAUUCAUUCAUUCAUUCAUUCAUUCAUUCAGAGGGUCACAUCGUGGUUGUCAGUAGAGAUUGUGUCAAAGGAAAGGAUGUGGAAUCACGAUUGCUUUUAGAUUGUUUUCUGAUGUUUUUUAAGCUUAAAAUUUCAAUAAACAUCCAAAUAAAAACAAAUUAGUCAAACA